AGGGCCAUCCAUUUCAAUGCAGAACAAGUAGCUCAAGAAUAAAUGCUCUCUUUGGAGAUUUCAGAAACAAAAAGAGAUUUCAAUUCAAAUUUCCUUUUGAGUAGGUAUUUAUGAUUCUUAUUUCUCAUUUUUGGUCAUUCCAACCAUUCCAUUGUAGUCUUACUCUGAUGAACUCUCAAAUCCAAAUGGCUAAUUUAUUUUGAAUGAUCUCCUCUUGUUCUCUUUUUAUCUAACAAAAUGCUGUAGAAAAUUAAGAGCUUCUAGACUUUAUUGUUAGCUUAAACUUUGAAUGAUCUCUUGUUAUUUGCUGCUGUUUGUUGUAUAUCUACAAAAUGGCUGUGGGUGGUGCAAAACUUGCUCUUCUUUCGAUUCAUAUCCUCAGUGUUGCCGGCAAUGGAUACAGUUCUUUACAAGAGAACAACUACGGGAGUGAUGAUCAUGAACAUCGGAAAAAGUUGAUAUCUUCACUCAAAAGUGGGUUUUUAAUAGGUUAUGUCUUCUCUUCGGUUUCCAUUAUAACUAUUUUCAUGUCCUAUUGUGUGCCUUGGGCUCGUCUCAACAAGAGGAAAGGGAAUGGGGUGAUGAUUAAGCAACCAAUGAUGACAUCUUUGAUGGAAAGGCAAGAGAAGAAGAGAAAGGAAGCCAACAAGCAGGGGUGCAUGUCAAAAAAAGAAAUAAGAAGAUUACGAUACAAACGAUGGUAAUGCUGAUUUUGAGGAAGAACAGGAAGGAAGCUGAUAAUUUAAGUGCUUCGCCAUCGGUUGAGAACAUACAUGGAGGAGGCAAAGAGAUUUCUAUGUUGGAGAAGAAGGUUCCUAGAAUGAGCUAUACAGAUCUUAAAGAUGCAACAAAUAAUUUCAGCGAAAACAAUGUCAUCGGGCAGGGGAAGAUUGGGAUGCUGUAAAAAGCAGCGUUGCCUAGUGGUUAUCUCUUUGCAGUGAAGAAAUUACACAACUGUCGAAUCCUCGAGGAGCAAUUCGUGUUAGAAUUGAAGACACUUGGUUCAUCGAGGCAUGUCAACAUACCUCAACUUUUGGGAUUUUCAAUGACAUCAAAACAUUGGCUUCUGGUUUACAAAUACAUGCCAAAUGGUAACCUUUAUGAUUGGCUACAUCCAAUGGAAGGCCAGGCAAAGAUUAUGGAAUGGACUGUGAGGUUUAAAGUUGCAAUCGGGUUAGCAAGAGGGUUGGCAUGGCUUCAUCAGGACUGCAGUAGUACUAUCCGAGUUUUCCAUCUUAACAUAAGCUCAAAGUGCAUCUUACUUGAUCAGGAUUUCGAGCCAAAGUUGUCGAAUUUUGGGGAGGCGAUAAUCGUAAAUCCAACUAACACUUCCUCUGUGAAUGGUGACUUUUGGGAUACAGCAUUUGCUAAGGAAGAUGUGUAUGGAUUUGGAGUUGUGCUCCUUGAGCUGAUUACGGGGGUGGAUUCUAGCAGAAUGACUGAUUCCUCGAACAGUCUUCUUAAUGAAUGGAUUAGUCAUCUUUUGACUAGUUCUAAGAUUUAUGAUGCCAUUGAUAAGUCUCUGGUUGGGCAAGGAUUUGAUGAUGAGAUAUUUCAGCUGCUUAAAGUUGCAUGCCAAUGUGUUGAUUCCAUUCCAGAUCGAAGACCAACAAUGCAUCAAGUGUACAAAGACAUAAGAGCAAUGAGGGAGAGAUGUCGCCAAAUUGAUGAUUCAGAGAUUCUAGUGCAGCAGCAUGAAAUUUACCCUCCCAGCUCAAAGGGCAAAUCUGUUGAGAUUGAAAUGGCAUAGAGUCAAUGGAAACAGGAAAAAAAGGACAAAUUUAGGCAACUCUAUCAUGUUUUGGUAUAAUAAACAAGUAUGUAAGAAGCAAUGGUGCUGUUUGAGAACAAGCUUCAACUAUCUAUCCAAAUUCAAGGUACUGCAAAAGUAACUACAAAUAUUUCAAACUAAUCUCUUUUCUGGGGACUUGAAAAAAACCUCAGGAUACAGCUUAAAGUUUUGUAUACAACUACGUCCAAAUUGUCCCGAAAGUCUUGAAUAUUUUCUAUUGCUUUGGACUACAUAUUGUGCAUUCAAUUGACUCUUCAACAAGGGCAUAUUGCAACCUUGUAGACCAUCAGCAACAUUUUUCAACCAUUUUGUUUAACAACAAAUUAAUUUAAGAACGUUAGCAAAAAGCAUGGCUAGUGAUCAUAGAGUUGGUGGUGAGGAAGUGAUGAGCAAGAAGCAAUUGAUUCUCAAGGACUAUGUGAGUGGCUUUCCCAAAGAAUCAAACCCGUACGUACGUGACGACAAGUAGCUAGCAUCAAACUAGAUGCACCAGAAGAAGAAAGUGGAAAAGAUGCUGCGGUGGUUUACAAUCUCUGCUUGUCUUGUGAUCCUUUCAUGCGCGGAGGCAUGCAGAAAGAUCUACCACCUGCUAAACAACCUCAUGUUUUGAGUUCCAGCCAGCGCUGGAACUUCAGUACCGAUCUGUUGAUCAGCAAGGUUCCUAAGAAUUUGGAUUUGUUUUCGAAGAAGAAAACAAGUAGCAAACGACAAGCACAAGCAACACUAGCCAAUAUUUUCUCUACAAGUAAAGUAGUGAAGGUUUCCCAGGAGUGAUCCCUCUCCCAUUGCAUAUCUUCUGGGCAAUGCCAUCUUGUGCCAUUAGCACUAGCUGUAAAACUAACAAUAUCCCUGUGUAGGAAAACAGUACAGAUAUAUGGCGGUCUCAUUGCUAAGAGAGGAACAACGUGGUCUGUUGAUAAUUCAGAGAUUCUCCUUAAGAAGAAUCUGUUGUGUGAACAAACAGGAUAAACAUCUUUGAUUGGAUGCAGAUUGCAGUAUGAAAAUAUUUUGGUGGUUAAACACGAAGGAAGGGGUACUGGACUCCUACAACCAUUUGAUAUGACAGGCCCAUCUUUAUUAGUGGUAAGUCUCUAUUUAUUUGACAGGCCCAUGUUCUCA